AUGCGUCUCGACUUAGGAAAGAAACUUGGGCAAGGAGGAUUCGGCACUGUUUACGAUGCCGUACUCAGUAUGCUGAGCCUAGACGGGUCUCAUUGGCGCCAUUUCGCUGUUGCUGCUAAAUCAGCAACUAAAGAUCCGGGUGGCAUGAUUGUUGGAACGACCUUGGAGAACUCAGUCAUCAGCGAUUAUAUUGUUCUGAUACAUGAAACUUUUUAUGUUGAAGAAAACCAUGAGGCAUUUGCAGUCAUGCCAAAGGCGAGUGAUGGUGACUUGGUGGAAUUUUUAGAAAAUUAUGAGGUUCCUGAAAAAGAUCUCAACAAAUACUUCAGAAUGAUUUUGCUCGGCGUAAAGGCGAUGCAUGAUAAGGGCAUGAUGCACCGCGACCUUAAGCCAGCGAAUAUCUUGAUGUUCGGAGCUCUUCCCAAAAUUGCCGAUUUUGAUGUGGCGACAUAUGAUGCGACCUCUGAGAAAUAUAGUAUUGGAACAAUGGGAUAUCUAGCGCCUGAAGUUAUGAGACUUCAGAAAUAUGAUAAAGGAGUCGACAUCUUCGCAUGUGGAAUGACAUGGAUGGAAAUGACAUGGGAACUGGUAUCGCAAUCGGAUUGGUAUGAGGAUUCUUGGCCAAUUUGGAAAGAUCUCGUGGAUCCUGAUGAAGACAACUCUAAAGACAAAGUGUGGCUAAGCCGAGAGGAUGUUAAAGAAGUUCUGAUCCAGAGAGUGGGGAAAAACAAGUACUCUGAUGCUAAACUAGACCUAUUGUCAAAGGUUCUUUGUGAGCCUAGCACGCGAAUCGGUAUUGAUGAGUUUAUAAGAGGAUUAGAUGCGUUGUGA